AUGGUGACGAUCUGUACUUACAAUGCAUGUACACUUGCAUCCGAGUCUUCGAUAGAAGGCUUGCUCAUGCAAGCAGGAAAGAUAAGGUACGACGUCAUCACCCUAGCCGAGACGAGGAGACUCCAGCCUUUCAACACCGUCUAUGACACCGGAGAAGAACUGUUCCUCGGAACAUGCGACAACAGAGGAGUCGGCGGUGUUGGUGUUCUUGUCAACUCGGUAGUCAGCGCUUUCGCCUACGAAAUAUUGCUCACUGUCGGAUUGGAUGGUCUUCAAGCGUCGCUUGCUAACAUCGUUUUCUGUUUGGUGGCAGCGGAAAAGUGGAUCGGCUGGUGUGUGGUAGUCACUAUAUGUAUUUUCAAUCUCUUGUUCACCAUUGGACCUGGUCCAAUUUCUUUCUUCGUUCCUGGUGAACUCGUCGGACAGAGAGCUCGAGCCGCCACCUACACUUGGGUGAACAUCGUAAUGAAUGGAAUCCGUUCAGCUUUGCUUGCUGUCUAUUUCCCACUUCGUGCGUUGUUGGGAGGACCCCUCUCCUAUUUUCUGCUUUUUUUCGCACCCUGUAUCAUAACAGCAGCGAUAUGUUACUACUGGCUACCAGAAACAUCUGGCAAGACACCUGAAGAGGUAUUCGGAAUAGGCAUCGUGGAAGUCAUAAUGUUCGAUCAGAUCAUCAUCAUGGACGACGAUUGCGCAGGCGAAACGAAUGCAAAUUAUGCUAAAGCGCGCACCAUCAGUGGAAACGGUGGUUCAUGA